CCCAUAGAGCGGCUGAUUCCAGCUCCCAGGAACUAACUGGCUCAUUUGAUGUAAAGAGGAGGAGAUCCCAGGACCAAGGACUCAUCCUUGGUGAAGAAAGUCCUGACCUUAGACCUCCAACCUGGGCAUUAGCACAGAGUCCAGAAGACUCACAGCAUAAAGAAGAGCCUAGAGUUGCUGGCCAUUUCGCAAGAGCAGCAGAAAAUGACCAAGUCCCAGGAAUCAUUGUCAUUUGAGGAUGUUUCUUUGGACUUCACGUGGGAGGAGUGGCAGCUACUGGACUCUGCUCAGAAGAAUUUGUACAGAAACGUGAUGUUGGAGAACUUUAGCAGCCUUGUGUCAUUGGAAUACUGGAACAUUGAUGAUUAUGUAGCUUGGCACCAGGAACUCCAAGACAAGCUUAAAAGACUGGAAAAGGAUCAUGGAAGUAAUGCAAGUGGAAAGCUAUUUCAGUCAGGCAUGAACUUUGUACCUUUAAAGCGAAGACCCAAUAUGUACAUGUCAAAGGAAAAAUGUUUGAAAUAUCCAUUGGAUUUAUUUACUCAGAGUGGAAACUAUGGAAGGAAGAAGGCUGCUAAGUUCAAUGGAUAUGAGAAGUCAUUUCUCUAUACCAAACAUGAAAAAACUCAUGCUGGAUUGAAGUAUUAUGAAUGUAAUGAAUGUGGAAAAGUCAUCAGCAAGAAGUCACAGCUCAUUGUACAUCAGAGAACUCAUACAGGAGAGAAACCCUUUAAAUGCAAUCAGUGUUGCAAAGCCUUUUCCCAGAAGUCACACCUUGUUACACAUCAGACAGUUCACACAGGAGAAAAACUUUUUGGAUGUAGUGAAUGUGGGAAAGCCUUCUCUCGAAAGUCACAUCUCAUUACACAUCAGAGAACUCAUACCGGAGAGAAACCCUAUGAAUGCAAUGACUGUAGCAAAGUCUUCUCUCAGAUAUCACAGCUCAUUAUCCAUCAGCGAAGUCAUACAGGAGAGAAGCCCUAUGGAUGUAGUGAAUGUGGAAAAGCCUUCAGAGAGAAGGCAAGUCUCAAUAAACAUCAGAGGAUUCAUUCAGGAGAGAAACCAUAUGGAUGCAGUGAAUGUGGCAAAGCCUUCAGAGAGAAGUCAAGUCUCAAUGAUCAUCAGAGGAUUGAAUGUGGCAAAGCCUUCAGAGAGAAGUCAAGUCUCAAUGAUCAUCAGAGGAUUCAUUCAGGAGAGAAACCAUAUGGAUGCAGUGAGUGUGGCAAAGCCUUCAGUGGGAAGUCACUCCUCAUUAGACAUCAGAAAACUCAUUCAGGAGAAAAACCCUAUGGAUGUAAUGAAUGUCAGAAAGCCUUUAUUUGGAAAUCACAGCUCAUUAUUCAUCAGAGAACUCAUACAGGAGAGAAACCCUAUGGAUGCAAUAAGUGUGGAAAAGCUUUCUCCCAGAAAUCACACCUCAUGAUUCAUCAGAGAACUCACAUAGAACAAAAACCUUAA